CGAGAUCGCCGCAUUAAGCUGUCAAAAUUUGUGAGAAUAGGAAGUGCGUGACAGUUCAAUUCGAGACAAAGCGAGUCACAGCUCGGCGACCGAUAUUCUAGCAUUCGCGAGAAAAGCAGACAAUUUUUAGCAGUAUCGGCUAACACCCAGAUCGGUGCGGAUCGCCAGGAGCUCCACUGUCCGAUAUUACAAAACGAAGAACUAAACAAACAAACAAACAACAAAUUUAAAUGAACGUUGAAACCAAUUAAACCGCAGCGGGGACAUGCAAAUUCCCCCUUCGCUAUCGGAAUUUCAAUCCUAAUCUGUGGUGCGCCCGACCUGUUAAUAGUUUCAUUUGCUGCCAUAAAUAAUAGCCCAAGAAUUAAUUGAUUUUCGUCAUAAAUCAAUAACUAACUAACCAACUAUCCAACUAACAAGUGCGACCAGCAGGAAAAAAUCAGAUCAGAUCGCUGCGGAGCUCCGACUUUCGAGCCGCUGAAAUGAAGUUAUUUACCAAUAAAAACCAGCGCAAUGCAAAGCUGUUGCGUCGUGCCGCCCUGGGCAUGACCCUGCUGUUCUUCGGGUCACUGGUCCUGAUCGCUGACCCACUGCAGAGCAUCCUGGAUACGCAACUCAGCCUGAAACCUGGCACCAUACUCCACCGAUUGUGGCUCUUCCCUCCUUUAGAUGUCUACAUUAACGUUUACAUGUUCAACUACACGAAUGUGGACGAGUUUACGUCGGGCAGGGCGGACAAGCUGCAUAUCCAGGAGGUGGGUCCUUAUGUCUACCAGGAGGUCCUGAGCAACCACAAUGUCACCUACAACGAGAACAACAAUACCAUCACCUAUACGCCGAAGCGCGAAUAUAUUCUGGCACUGGACAGAUCCAUUGGCGAUCCCAAGGUGGACCGCAUCCGGGCGCCCAAUAUCCCUCUGAUGGGCGUGACCACUCUGGCCUCCAGCAUGUCCAUGUUCGCCUCCCUGGGACUGAGUGCUGUCACCCGGCAGCUCGACUCGCAGCCCAUGCUGGAGUUAAGUGUUCACGAUUAUAUGUGGGGCUACGAGGAUCGCCUGGUGGAACUGGCCGCCAAAUUUGUGCCAAGCUGGAUUGACUUUUCCAGCUUUGGCAUUAUGGAGAAGCUCUUCCGUGAGGGCAACGAGAGCAAUGUGUUCAACAUGAACCUCCAUGAGCCGAAGGAUAAAUACGGAGUGCGUCUGCCCGAUGCUCCUCGAGCCUACACUGUGAACAGCAUCAACGGAGAGCGGGGAUUCAAGCGCUGGGAAUACAACGAAGAGACCAAUGGAACCAUGUGCAAUCGCAUCUGGGGUAGCCACGAUGCCACGCUCUUCCCGCUGGACAUGGACGAGAACGACGAGUUCUUUCUGUACAGGCGCACCUUCUGCCGGCGUCUGCACGUCAAGUUUAAUAGCACCUCCACCUGGAACGGAAUCGAUGGCUACCGGUUCGACAUGCAGCCUGACGCAUUCGACAGCUAUGCGGAUAACGCCAACUCCUCCUGCUACUGCAAGAACAACCGCUGCCUCAAGAAGGGCGUGGGUAGCGUCUCGCCCUGCUACUACAAUAUUCCCUUGGCCAUUACUUAUCCGCAUUUCACACAUGCCGAUCCCAGCCUCCUAGAGCCCUUCGAGGGUCUCACUCCGAAUGCCACGCGCUUCACCUCCUCAUUUGUGGUGCAGCCGCAACUGGGAGCACCGAUGCAGGGCACCCAUCUUCGGUUGCAGGCCAACCAGGUCGUGGGCAAGGUGAGCUUUAACCGGAUGAUGGAACCCUUCGAGAACAUGGUGUUACCGCUGCUUUGGGUAGACCUUAACAUCGACGUUUUGUGCCUGAGCCUGCGGCUGCUCAUCCACGGCAUCAAGUGGGGCUUUCCGCUGCUGCAGUGGAGCGUGGUCCUGGGAAUGCUGCUAGCCGGAGUCUACCAGCUGUGCUGCGCCCUGAUGCUCUGCUUCUGGCCGCCGGCCAAGCAGUUCCAGAAGGUAGACCAGGCAGAGCGAGGGGCGGCGGUACAGAUAAUCGGAGUCCCGGGCUACCGCAAGUCAUCGCUGCAACUGGAGAUUCUAGAGGAGCAGCACCACCUGCUCUUCGGUGCCGGCAGCCUCAUCCCCAAGCUGGCCAAGACGUGAUCGGAACGGGAAUGGCUACCUCAACGCAAGAAGAGACAACACUGUGAUAUUUAGGCUUAAGAUUCGGUUUAAAUUAUUGUGCUCAUUGGAAACAACUUAGGGAACGUCUUGCCUACGUACUAGUUAACGAUAACAGUAAUCAUAAUGGUAGGGAUACAGUAAGCAAUGUACAGUGGAGCUUUCACUCGAUAAAUACAGGUCGAUAGCUAUGUA